GAAACCCCGCCGCUCCAUUACCCCAUCACUUCACUUCCACUCUGAAGCAGACUCACUAAUGUCAGAUUUGUAACGUUUGGAGCAGCUUGGCUUCAGUUUGUAGGAACAAUCUUUCAUCACAUAGACAUCUCGUUCGUAGCGACACGGAGAACUACAAUGGCGUCAGUCAGCGUAUGCGGAGCGGCAGCCUAGCUAAUGAACGUUAGCUGAGUUAGCUAUCAGAGGAUGGAAGCGUUAGCCUGCUUUAACCCGGGAGAAACACACGACCUAACUGGAUGUUAAUCAAUUACCCUGCUAGCACCAGGUGCUCUACUGUAACCCUGUCUGUCAGCUAGCAACGUUAGCAUUUAUCUCCAGAAAAACUUCACGAUGGAAGAAGUUGACAAGAUUCUGAUUCACGCCCUCAAACAAGUCGGCACGGAGGUAAGCGAGGAGACCGACAGCAUCAAGCUGUUCACCUGCGAGCUGAUCGUGGAGGCGGUGGUCAGAUGUAUCAGAGUGAUCGAUCCGGGCCUGGGCGGCGGGCUGCCCACCUCCCUCCCUCCGGGCAUGUCUGCCCGCUUCAGGGUGGGCAUGAGCCUGGCACAGGCCUGUCAGGACGUUGGAUAUAAAGGAGAGAUCGGCUACCAGACCUUUCUGUACAGCAACGAGCCGGAGAUCCGCUCCCUGCUCAUGUUCCUGGUGGAGAAGCUGCCCAGAGAGAGUGCAGAAGCCUCAGACCAGCCGACAGGUAAAUCGGUGGUCCUCCAGAGAGCCAUCGCUGCUGCAAUCAGAGCCCAGCUGGCUGUUCCCUGGCUGCCUCCAAACUGCAGACUGCCACUGCACAGUGAAACACAAACUUCAGGAGUUCUGCACAGCUUCCACGCCCAGCCGCUCAGUUUACCACACAGCUCCAGAGCGCCAGGAAAGAAGCAGCUCAGAGAGGUGAAGGAGUACCAGCGGGACUUUCUCCUUCCUGUGACCGCCCAGCCUUCCCAUCAUGCCUCUGUGGUGGCGUCCAUACUGGAGCAGCACACCGCUGAGCUGAGUGCUGCUCAGGAGUGGGACAGCGAGUGGAACAGUCAGGGACUCCUGUCCCGCCUCACGCCACAGGAGUACCGCUCCAGGAAGCUGACCCGGCUGAGGAAACGCAUCGAGGAGCAGCUGCGUUCUGCUGCUCUGCCCUCUCCUGAAAGUGCCUUUGGCGGGCCUCGCUCCGCCUCAGACCUGUCGGAGCUCCUGCAGGCCUUCAGAGGUUUCGCCCCCUCUGACAAAGUCAUGUCCAAGGGUACCCACUUCACCCACACCCAGAAAUUCACCUUCACACAGGAGGCGGCACCAGUACCCAGCUCCGUCCCCACUGGGCACCAGUCAGAGAUCGAUAUCCAGCUCCGUCAGCAGGAGGAGCUGGCUUCGUUCCAGCAGCAGUUCCAGCAGCUCUGCAGUGACGUGGACCAGCUGGCAGCAGACAUGAAGCACAUGAGCAUCACUAAAUCUCAGGUGAUGGAUGAGUUGAAGCAGAGAGAGCUGGGAAACGCUGACAGAGAGGAGAAGAUGCAGGUGAAGAAGAAAACCAUCGACCUGCUGCCAGAUGCUGAAAACAACAUGCUGAAGCUUCAGGCUCAGGUGGAGGCGAGCGCCAAGAGGGUGGUGCACCUGGCCUCUCAGUGGGAGAAGCACCGCGCCCCGCUCAUCGACGAGCACCGCAGACUCAAAGAGAUCUGCAGCAGCCAGGAGAUGGAGUCGUCCAGAAAGCUGUCAGAGAUCAAGUCUCUGCAUGACAAAAUCCGUGUGUCCACAGAGGAGGCCAGAAAGAAGGAAGAGAUGUACAAACAGCUGGCGACAGAGUUAGAAAACCUUCCUCAGGACGCGUCCCGCUCAGCAUACACGCAGAGGAUCCUGGAGAUUGUCAGCAACAUCAAGAAACAGAAGGAGGAAAUUACAAAGAUUCUAUCAGACACUAAGGAGCUCCAGAAAGAGAUCAACAACCUGACAGGAAAGCUGGACCGGACCUUCGCUGUGACCGAUGAGCUGGUCUUCAAGGACGCCAAAAAAGACGAAUCCGUCCGUAAAUCCUACAAGUACCUGGCCGCCCUGCAUGAAAACUGUAACCAGCUGAUCCAAACCAUCGAGGACACAGGAACCAUCCUGAGGGAGAUUCGGGAUCUGGAGGAGCAGAUUGAGACUGAAAACGGAAACAAAACGGUGGCGAACCUGGAGAGGAUCCUGGAGGACUACAGGGCCAUCCGACAGGAGAACUCUGCACUCGCCGCCAAAGUCCGAGAGGGCUGAAGGCUCCGAGUGCUGCGCUCUGCCUGCUGAGGCUGACGUGGUGUAAAGACCCGGACCCGGACACAGCGCUGCAGAGACAGGCGGUCCCUAACACCCACCUCUGUUGCAGACCUGCUUUUCUUCAGCAACUAUUUGUACCGUGGGACUAACCAGGCAGGGUAAUGCACAGCCUGCAGGGACGGAUGGAUCAGGUUCCUCCGGCUGGUCCCUGGUCCGAUCACCUGGACAGCAGAGGGCGCUGUCAGUCCUCCUCACAGGGACAGCCAUUCAUAUUGAUGUAUGAAAUGUUUUCAUAAGAUAUCUUGAUUAAUAUCUUUUUAAUACAGGAAUCAUUUUCAGACAUUAGCAGUUAAUUCACGUCAUGAUUCUGUUUGAACGCAGUGAAUGAAUCUGAAUGUCCAUUAAAAAUGUUGUCAGCAGAAGAUUGUUGUACAUACGGUGCCAGCUUCAAUAAAGAUGCCUUACUAGUU